CGCUUAGUUACGAAGUUGGUUCCCGUAACAUGUCUAAGAUGGUGCGAUAAUUGCUCACGAUAUGUGUAGACUGUGAUAUGCUUGAAGCUCCGAGCAUCUUGUCCUUUACGGACGAUCCAGGGAAGGUUACGAGGAGAGAAAAUAAUUAUACCAGGGCAUAUGUCCCUUCUCAAGAAAUCGAAGCAGAUCUGAAAAGGAUUUCAGGAAAACUAAACGAGUGUUUGUAUGAUAGUUACAGAAGAGAUAUUGACACUCUCAAGCCAAAUGUCGACAUUGACAAUGAAAUGGCAUUAUUGAUAGCAGCCGAGGAGGAUGUACAACAGUCCAGGCGAAGCCUCAGAAGAAGAGCACGAAAGAUUUGCCCAUCAAAUGGCCCUACUCAAGAAGAAGAUCAGGAAUUAAAAACAUUGAACAAAAGCUCUGUCAAAGAUUCGCAUUUCGAAAGUCUCCAGAAUCUCCGCAGGGAAAUCUAUGAGGAUUCUGUACUCAGAGUGGCAGGGUACUACAAGAAGGCCACAGAUCAAAAGAACGCUGAUGUAGCAACAGAAGUAGUUAAAUCAUCCCUGACUGCCAAAUCUAAGCGAGCAUCUAAUACUGCUGUGGAAAAGUCCAAUAAUCAACCAAAGAUUACCUAA